AUGAGCUCCAGUCAGCCGGAGACCUGCCCAUGCCAGGGUGCUGCAGGCCGCCCAGCCAUUCUGUACGCACUUCUGAACCCCAGCCUCAGGGCCGGGCCCUCUGCGCCCCAAGCCCGUAGUCAUUGCCUGUGCAGGCAGCACCGGCCUGUCCAACUGUGUGCCCCGAAUCGCACCUGCCGAGAGGCCUUGGAUGUUCUGGCCAAGACGGUGGUCUUCCUCAGGAACCUACCAUCCUUCUGCCUGCUGCGCCAGCAGGAUCAGCGGCAGCUGCUGCGGGGUGGCUGGGGCCCCCUCUUCCUGAUGGGGUUGGCCCAGGACACUGUGACCUUUGAGGUGGCGGAGGCCCCGGUUCCCAGCAUACUCAAGAAGAUCUUGCUGGAGGAGCCAAGCAGCAGUGCAGGCAGUGGCCAGCUGCCAGAUCGACCUCAGCCCUCACUGGCUGCAGUGCAGUGGCUUCAGUGCUGCCUGGAGUCCUUGUGGAGCUUGGAGCUGGGCCCCAAAGAGUAUGCCUACCUAAAAGGGACCAUCCUCUUCAACCCUGAUUUGCCAGGCCUCCAUGCCACCUCCCAUAUCUGGCAUCUGCAGCGAGAGGCUCAUCAGGCACUGUGUGAGGUCUUGGAGGCCUGGUGCCCCGCAGGCCAAGGCCGUUUAGCACAUGUCCUUCUCACAGCCUCCACCCUCAAGUCCAUUCCACCCAGCUUGCUUGAGGACCUCUUCUUUCGCCCUAUUGUUGGAGAAGUUGACAUCGCUGGCCUUCUUGAGGACAUGCUUUUACUGAGCCGACCUGCUCCAGCCCAAGCAGAGAUCAAGUGUAGCUUGGACAGUAGCUUGAAGCGCUGA